AUGUGCACCCUGUAUACUAACUCUGGGUGCAGUGACCUGCCAGGGCCCAGAGAAGAGGAUGACGAGGAUGAUUAUGAGAACACGGCACCACCGUACAAGGACCUUCCUCCCAAGCCAGCUCUAAUGCUGAGCUUCUCUUCGCCAGGUUGGAUAGCUCCACCAAGGCCUCCAAGGGCAGGAAAGAAAACAGAGAACCCCCCACUUCCCUGCAAGCUCCUGAAGAACACAGGCCUGAACCUCACCCCUGUCACCUGCACAACUCCUCAACUGGGCACUGAUCUAGUACAUCCUCCAUCCCAGCUGCCUAUAGCCACAACUCCAGUGCCCUGGAUCAGUGAGAAGUCCGGAGGUCCUAGUUGUUACCAGGAGGAGAGACUGAUGGUGUACAUGUGUCUGCUGGUGGUGGUGUCACUGCUUAUGGGCUGCACUGGUCUGGCUGUUACCCUGAUUAAAUACCAGGAGGUGGUAGAAGAGCUGAGGAUGUUAACCUUUCAGCAGAUGGCAUGGCGAGCAAAUGUGACUGGCAUGGUGGGGCUAGCCAGCCUGAAGAAGGACAUUGAACGAGUAAGAGCUGACACCAACCAGUCCCUGCUGGAACUUCGGGGCUUAUUAGACUGUACCAGGGUCACCUGCCCUGAGGGCUGGCUCCCUUUUCAGGGUAAGUGUUACUACUUCUCUCCAAGCACCAAGUCAUGGGAUGAAGCCCGGAAGUUCUGCCAGGAGAAUUACUCUCACUUGGUCAUCAUCAGUAACUUUGCUGAGCAGAACUUUGUGGCCAAGGCUCAUGGCUCUCCUCGGGUAUACUGGUUGGGGCUGAAUGACAGAAACCGUGAAGGGGACUGGAGGUGGCUGGACGGGUCACCCAUCACUUUGAGCUUUUGGGACCCACAGGAACCCAACAACCUCCAUGAUGAGGACUGUGCCAGCAUGAACAAAGGUGGCACCUGGAAUGACCUCUCUUGCGACAAGACUACGUAUUGGAUUUGUGAGCGGAAAUGUUCCUGUUGAACCCAAGAGCUGAGGUUGGGUGGGGGUCCGUACCCGGGUACCCCUUGGCUUUUGGACAUGAGAACCUCCUGCCCUCUGAGAACUGAUGUGGACGUGCCCAAGAUGGAACCAGCAGCCUGGAUGUAGCGAGUUCCAUGGGGUGCAAGUCAGAUCAUUUCUAGGGCGAGGACUUGGGGGCUUCUUCAGUUGGAGGGUGUCUUAGUCUGUUCAGCCUGCUAUAACAGCAUACUGUAGAGUGGGUGGCUUAUAAAUAACAGACAUUUAUUUCUCAAAGUUCUGGAAUCUGGUAAGCCCAGGAUCAAGGCUCAGGGAGAUUCAGUGUUUAGUGACGACCUGCUUCCUCGUUCAUAGAUCCCGUCUUCUUGCUGCGUUCUCACAUCCUGGGAGGGGCGAGAGCUCUCUGGGGUCCCUUUUAUAAAGACACUAAUCCCAUUAAUGAGGGCUCCACCCCCAUGACCUAAUCACUCCCAAAGUCCCUACCUCCUAAUAGCAUCACAUUGGGGGUUGGAAUUUAACAUAUGAGUUUUUUUAAUUGUUGGGGGGACAUAAAACUCAGUCCAUAGCAGAUGGUGAGCUGGAGAGUCUUGUUAAUGGUCUCCCAGUUCUGGGGUCUGGAGGAAAGUCACCAAGUCCCUGACUCUUAGGAAAUGAUACUGAUUCUGGGAGCUCCAGGUCUGGCACUGAUUGAGCUGGAACAGAAAAUACCCUGGCUCCUCUGGAUCAUGAUGUGCUGGGACUGGGAUCCCUUACUGCUUACUUGAUGUGGACCAGCUUCUGGGAAGCAGGUGGGGCAAAAUUAUACCUGACAUGAAGCUUUUUCAAUGUCCUGGGUGAGGUCUGCCCAAGCUAAGUGGUGGCAUCAGACCUCUGCCAAGACAUUACUUAUGAGUGGAUCUUCUUGGGCUAUUAGCUCUUGCAAUGUUAGAGCUUCUCAAAAUGCCAGUUCAUUGUGUGAUCCUUGCCCACUGAGUCAGUUUGCUGGGGCUGCCAUAAUAAAGUGUCAUAAACUGGCUUA